AAAUACAAAACAAUAUUAUUGUAAUAUUGAAAAAAUUUUUAAAAAAUUGAAUUUAAGUGUAAAGUUGAUACAAUGGUUCUUUCACAAUGUUACGUCUUUAUCAAAUAUACCCUCGUAUUCGUCAAUCUUAUAUUCUGGGCUCUCGGAUUAUCAUCAGUCAUUCUAGCAUCAUGGAUGUUAGUAGACCAGACUUUCAUGGUGUCUAUUACCCAAGAACAGCACAACUAUUAUACAGGAUUGUAUAUGAUGCUUGCUGCCGGGCUUCUUUUAUUAAUGGUCUCCUUCCUUGGAUGUUACGGUGCUUUCCGUGAAUCUCAAUGUCUACUAGUUGGUUUCUUCAGUUGUCUUCUCAUUGCUGUAGUUGCUCAAAUUGCAGCUGAAGCUUGGUUAUACACCAAUCGUGAUCAUAUUGAACCUUUAGUUAAGACUGCAUUUAUGAACACAGUUAAAAAUGAAUACGGAGAAAUUGAUCAUCGCACUCAAACAGUAGAUUCUAUUCAAUCUAAUUUAUAUUGCUGCGGUGCAAGUGGACCGAGUGAUUGGGCAAGUUCUAAAUUCGGCAGUUCCAGGAGUUCUAGUGGUGCUCUAAGUCUUACUGUAUCUAGUCCUAAUAAUGUUUACACGAUUCCUGAAUCCUGCUGCAGAGACAAAGACGAAAGUCUGUGUGCAACAGCUCGAAAAAUUAAAGUUGCUGAUACUAUUCCAUCAAAUAUUUAUUCUGAGGGUUGCGUUGAUAAGCUCAUUGACGUAUUACGUAAUCAAGGCUGUACGAUUCUUGGAGUGGUACUGGGUCUUGGACUUAUUGAACUAAUUGGUCUAAUAUUUUCACUUAUCCUUUGCUGUGCAAUUGGCUCGUCUGAUCGAUAUAAAGCAUAAAGAAGCAGUAAUAAUAGGAACAACAAUGACAACCUUAACAACGUUUCAUCCAUUAUUAGAGUUUGAUCCCGUGCCAACAUUUCGAUCGACUUUUUUUAUUUGUUUUUUGUCGACGCUUCAUUUUUAGAUUAUGUUAAUGUCAUGAUAAGGUAUGAAUUAUUGACAUUUGCUAAGAAAUCAAUCGUCGAGUGCUCACGAGACUUAUUUUUGAAUUAAUUUUAAUGAUAUAGAUAUUUAUUUCGAAAAUAUGAUGAAAAUUGAUUUAUAAUACUGAGGGAAACAGAUAAAAAAAUACUUGCAAAUCAGAAAGUAAACUGGUACCUGUGUUUAUAAAUUAAAAUAAUAAUAUUAGGAUGAAAUGAGAAAAAAAAACAACCAAGCAUAAAAAUGAAUGCGUUGAUGUUGCUACCAAAGAUUAAUGUUUUUAUGUUGGUAAUAAUUUUUGAAGUCGCAUUCCACUUGAAAAUAAAAAUAUGCUAAAUAAAGAUUAAAAUUUAGAAACUUGCCAGUUAUCGGGAAGUACUCAUGAUUAACUAAAAAUGAUAAACAUUUUUAAUUUACAUUUUUUAAUGACAUUCUUGGAAUCUCUUUUUUGUAACGGGUUUUAUUCAGUAUUUAUGUAAUUGCCCGCUGAACUGAUAUACAUUUUGGAUAUUUAAUAAUAAUUUAUAUUUACAUAUAUAUAAAGAAUUUUUUUAAUAAAAAUAUUAAUAUUAAUAGCAUUUUAUUGAUGAGAAAAAAAUAUAUUUACAUAAUAAUAUAAAUUAUAUAGAUUACUUUUUACACGUGAGCAGCUAACGAUUUUUAAUAUUUUUUUACUUAACAAUUCAAUUAACGAAGUAAAUAUAUUUUACUUGCCAAAUUUUGUUAGUAAAUAUUCAAAUCUAAAUUUUGUAACGCUUAAUGCAUUACUAAGUUUAUUCAAUUUUCUAUCAAAUAUAAGUGUCUCAAAAAAAA